GCUCGGUGGAGCUCUCUUACUCCUGCGGUCAGAGCGGCGGACGCAGACACCUGACCCUCACCGCCACCGUGCCCUCCUUCACACCGAGCUUCAGGGAGAGGGAAAGAAAGCCUCAAGCCACCUGCUCGAGCUGGAGUAUGGAGACGUUAGCUCGGCUGAGGAGCGACUGAGAAGCGGCGGGAAAGUUCGCUCAGAGCCGCGGGAUGAGCCACUCUUAGCUGUUUGUUCCACGGGAAGCUGACCACACUCCAGAUCCCCUAUGGAGAACGAGACUUCAGUGCACACAGGCUACAUCCCCCCUUAUCUCCUCCGCGGGGACCCCUUCGCCUCCAAGCUGUCCAAAGAAGGAGACAUAGUGGCAGCCGUGUACAUCCUCAUCAUCGGGAUCAUGUCAGCUGUAGGCAAUGGCUAUGUCAUCUACAUGACCAUCAAACGGAAGACAAAGUUAAAGCCACCUGAAUUAAUGACACUAAAUUUAGCCAUUUUCGACUUUGGCAUCUCAGUCACAGGGAAGCCGUUCUUUGUGGUUUCAAGUUUUGCCCACCGCUGGCUGUUCGGCUGGGAGGGCUGCCGCUUCUAUGGCUGGGCUGGCUUCUUCUUCGGCUGUGGCAGCCUCAUCACCAUGACUGUGGUCAGCUUUGACCGAUACCUGAAAAUCUGCCAUUUAAGAUACGGUACAUGGAUUAAGCGGAAUCAUGCCAUGCUGAGUCUGCUCUUCAUCUGGCUGUAUGCGGCCUUCUGGGCCACCAUGCCGCUGGUGGGCUGGGGCAGCUACGCUCCGGAACCAUUUGGCACCUCCUGCACGCUCAACUGGUGGCUGGCUCAGGCCUCUGUGGCUGGCCAAAGCUUUGUCAUGUCCAUCCUCUUUUUCUGCCUCAUCCUGCCCACGGGCAUCAUCGUUUUCUCCUACGUCAAGAUCAUCAUCAAGGUGAAGACGUCCGCUAAGGAAGUGUCCUACUUCGACACGCGGAAUAAGAACAACCACAGUCUGGAGAUGAAGUUAACAAAGGUGGCGAUGUUGAUCUGUGCUGGAUUUUUGAUAGCUUGGAUUCCAUACGCAGUGGUGUCAGUGGUCUCUGCUUUUGGGGAGCAUGAUUCAGUGCCUAUUCCGGUCUCAGUCAUCCCAACCUUGCUGGCCAAAUCAGCUGCCAUGUACAAUCCAAUCAUAUACCAGGUCAUUGACUGCAAGAACAGCUGUUCCAAGUUCUGCUGCUUUAAAGCCUUGAGCAAAAAGAAACAGUAUAAAACCCCAAGGUUUUAUUCCAUCUCUGCCUCCAUGAAAGCAACACCAGCAAAUGAAACACAAAUUGAGAUGUGAGCUGGUCUGCUCAGACGACUCAAAUUCUACAGUGGACAUUAGUGUGUUAGUGCCUAACCCUGAGAAAUCAAUGAGUGACAUGGAUGAAUUAGCCUGCACUAUCGCUGCUGACUUUCCGUGGCCACCUUACAGAGUAAUUGGUAUCCCUGUGAUGUUUGAACUCUGGAACCAAGAAACAUCAACAAACAAAUAACGCUCAGUUAAGCCAUCAUGGAAAGAUCAGUCAGAUCACUAACCAACAGAUUUGAUCAAUUAAGUCCUCAAUCAGCUGAUUUUACUUCCAUCUAUACAACAGUGGUUGUCCUGCAGGCCCCCAGUGGGCCGUGAUGGUACUGCCAUUGUUUUUUAUGUGAAAAAAUGUAUUACAGUACAAAUAUUUAACCAAAUGUUUUAAAUGUCUAAAAUAGGGGUGUGACGAGAUCUCGUGUCACGAGAUCUCGCGAGAUGUAUCUCGGCGAUAUUUCUCGUCGCGUUAAAAAUCUGUCUCGCGGGAUUUGUGAUCCAGCAAGCAGCCAGAAUGACGUCGGAAAAUACAGGUAUUACUAUUGAAGAUGCCCCCGCCACGUUCAAAUCGUUUGUUUGGCAGCAUUUUGGGUACCCGGCGGAAAUGAUAAAUGGCAAGAGAGUGACUGAUAAGACACGGACCAUAUGCAAACAAGGCCGUACACCGCGGCUAAUACGAGCACGAUGCAGAGACAUUUACAGCACCAGCACAGCACAGCACUCAAAUCAACAACUGCACCUGUGAAGAAAACAAGCCAGACGACGCUGACUAACACAUUCGGACCUCAACUUCCACAGUCAAGCGUCAGAGCCACAGCAAUAACUAGAGACAUUGGUGUUUUCAUCGCAGCAGAUAUGAGGCCAUUUUCUGUGGUAGAAAAUCAAGGAUUUCGGCGAUUCCUUUAGUUUUCUUAAAAUCUCGUCUCGUCUCGUUCUCAUGAACCCAAUAUCGUGUCUCGUCUCGUUUCGUGAGCUGAGUGUAUCGUCACAUGCCUAGUCUAAAAUAUUGUUUGUUAUUUGCAAAGAAUAAAACACUUUAUUUAUAUAGAGCUCAUCAGUUGUUCUGGCAAAAUGUUAACUAGUUAUAUUUAUUAAAUAAAGGAAAUACAGGAAAGGCUGGACUUGCCUACUACAACACUACAAUCAACAACACAGCAAUCAGGAAAAUGCACAGUACCAAAACCUGUAGCAAUUAAACAUAAAUGACAUGCAAUAUUGAAUUAUUUCAGCAUUAUUAAUCAAACAAAAGGUUUGGUGAAACAUCUGAUCUACCAGUUUUUCACUUACCCCAAUGUGGUCGAUCACUCGAACGUUUGUUGUCCAAACUCUGCUCCUUCAGUGUAACGCUGAUGCUAUGAGGCUAAAGCUGCUAACAAACACUAGAAUUCAACAAAAAGCCAACAAACUUCCCCCAAAACAUCUCUCAAAGUGAAUGCAGGUCUUCAGUAAGGUUGGACCGACUUGUUGAUGUGCUUUAGGACACAGUACAACUAUAAAAAUAAACAAAGAAAAACCAGCAUAUUGCUGCGGUCGGAACAAAACCUCGCAUCUCCAUUUUUCUCGUUUUUCAGUUUUUGAUAGAAUUUUAAAGUACCUAUGGUUCUACAUCCUCUGUGCAAAUUUCAUGAUGAAAAGACCAACAAAAGUGAUUUGGAAACAUUUCUAGUUCCAUUGACUUACAUUAAAAGUAGAGUAGGUUUUUUCCUUCUCCUGUAAAGUUAUCAUUGUAGAAUUUGGUACAUUAUACUGUGUUACACAAGUUACAUUGACAUGUAUAAGCAAUCUUGAGAGGUUUUAGGGAUGUAUUUACAGAAAAAGAUUUGGGUGACUAGUGUUACUAGUGUUUGCUUCAUAGCU